CCUAUAUAAUAAUGGGCACCAAACUAAUGUCUUAAGCAUUUCAGAAUUUAGUAGUUAAGGAGUUUCUGACUUUGCAUUGAGUUUCUUCUCACAUCCAAGUUUUGCCAAAAACACAUUUUUUAAAAUGAAUGCUUUUGUAAGCAGAUUCUUAGAGAAUCUAAGGCAAAGCUGUGAGUCACAACAGAAAGUCCCUGAUACUCUCAUCCCAGAGUUGCUGUUAUUACAGUAAAUUUAGUGGUGGUUUCCCACUUUAAGUAGUAAUAUUCGCUUCAUACAAAAUCUGUUUCAGCCUUCCCUGGUUUUCUUAAAGAAACCAGAAACACUUAAGUGACAUGUGGAAUAAGUAGGUAAUCUGGGUUGGGUGGGAGAUUUGGCUGUACCAGCAGGGACUUUUCUGGUAGCACUGGGCUCAGGGCACACUGUGUUGGUUACCAGGGUGGGUGGCACAGCCUGGACAGCUGGGCUGGCUGAGACGGAAUGGCCAGAGAUCUCAUUUCACAGCUGCUGUUGCCCAUCCAAAGUGGACAUGCACAAAACUCAUGGUAUCUUUACCAAUCAUGGCAUCUGUACCAUCUUUUCCAUCUUUCCUACAGAUAGUUUUCAUGCGUAAUAUAUGCUUUCAUUGUAUUCAUCUUCUUGCACGUUCUGCACUGACUCUCAUAGCAAGUAGAAGCGGAAACAUGUGAAGAGAAGUAUUUCAAAUGAAAGGUGGAGUUCUAAACAUUUUGCUGAAACUACAGCCCUCCACAGGACGGACCUCUCUCUCUUUCCUGUCUGUCGACCUCUUGGCAUCUCUCUUAGCCCACAGCUAUAUGGUUUUCUCUUUCAAAGGUCGUCUGAUUGCUGCAUUGGCUAACCAAGCUGUGUAUGAUUGUUCUUCCCUGAUAUUUGACUUUGAAAGCUGCUGUUUCUAUUUCAGACCUGAAGAAGGGGCUGUGUGCCUCAAAGGCUUCUCUGGUAUUUGCAUCCAUAUAAGUUUAACAAAAGGUUCUGCUACCCACAGUCUUGCUCUGCCUACAUCCCUAGACUGUUCUGCAUGCAUCAGAGUGCUGGUAGGAUUCUCCUGAUGCCACUUUCAGUGGUGAGUCCAGCAAUGCCACCACAGGGUUAGGCUCUGAAGGGGUAAAGGAAUCCCCAGCAUAUGGAGGAAUUGUCACUGAAGUGAAGGCUCCUGCACAGGAUUUAAGUCACAUGAUGUUCAUUAUUUGCUUCAUCUUGAACUAAGUCCAAAACACUGCCUCUUGCUUUUUUUAUUGGUGACACUUUGCUCCUGUUUCUGUUUUUGCUUUCUCCUGUCAUCAUUGGAUAAGCUAUUUGCACGCUGUUGUGUUUUCUGAAACACAUGAUGUUUUAAAUGGGAAAAAAAAAAAAAAAAGAUGCAGUGCCUUAUUUCCUUAUGUCCUUUAGUUUCUUGUGGCACAUUUCAGCAGCAGACGCUGCGGUUCCUUUCCCUGACCUAUGAGUGGUACUUCUCUCCUUGCCAUGGACAGCUCCUCCAGGCACACUGGGUUUAUCAGCAGUAACUUGCUGCAGUUGAAGAAAUCAGACUGUAACCUUUCUGAAGAAACCAGAUCUUCAGAAAAAAUAUAUGUGAUAUUUUGCAUUUAAAAGCAGUUUCUAAUGGGCAAUUUACAGCAGAAAAUACACGCUCCAGAGCCUUGGAGUGGCCCAGGGAAUCCCGUUGGAAUGAAGUGUAUAUGUAUAGUACACAAUACUGAAUUCCCUUUAAGUAGUUACAUUGCAGUCCAUUAAUUCAUUGUACAUUCAGAGCUCUAGUAUUUCUUACACAAGUGAAAAGAAAGUGAUUAAUGAUUGUGGGUGCCUCCAUUUUCAAAUGCCUCAUUUGCCUUUAUUUUAAAAUGUUUCUACUUUUCAAGUGGUUGAGUGCUGUUUGCUACCUGAAAAUCAGCCUUGUUUAUCUCACAUGUAUCACCCAGAAACAACAGUACUUUUUGAAACUUUAGACCUGCUUAUCUUUCCCUUAGCCUUCUAGUUAGUCAUUAGAAACCAGCAUGUCCCAUACAUAAAUGUCAGUAAAAUUGGAUUUUUCUAGUAUAAGAGGUAAGGAAAAGAAAAUUGUGAAAACCUAACCUUUAAUGUGCAUUUCAGUACUGUUUAUAAGAAGAAUUUGAAACCACCCUAAUUUUUAUAAUAUUUUUUAGAUCAUAAAGAAUUCAAAAUGUCAGCCUGCACAAAUCCUCAAGCACAGAAGAACACGUCCACUUCCUUCCUGGGGUUCAGAUCACCUUUUGCUUGGCUUUUCUCCUUCAGAAAAUCAAGGAAAAACCAGACUCAGAAGCAACCACGAUAUGACGACUCUGCAAGCACAGCUCCAAAGGUGGAAGAAAUGGCAAUGGCUGAAAUGUGUAAUGCCCCAAUGUCAGCUGAUACAAGUGGUCAUUCUUUUGAUGUAAAACAAGAUCAAGUGGUGGAAGAGAGCACCCAGGAGUGGGACGAACAGCUAGAGAAGGAGUUUUUCAGUGUUCUUAGUGAUCUAGAUGACCAGCUGGCCCAGGAGCAAUCCCAAGAUCCGUUGGACAGGACGGUUUCUACUAGCAGUGCAUCAAAUGUGCAGUACAAUCAAGAUGACUUCCCUACUUUGAAGAGGCGCACUGCUAAUCGAGGGCAACUCAGAAAAGACUGGACUGACAUACCCAGCACAUUUUUCCCAGAUGGACUGAGAACGAUAAGAGCCAAAGAUGAGCACAAGAUCGUCAUCAGACCAAGGAAAUUGCACAGUGCAUAUAUAAACUGGCAACAGACAGCCUUUCAAGAUGAUUUUAAGUACAGUGAUCCAGCUGAUGGAAAUUCUCAUCUGCGAAGCAGCAGGCUGCCUUCCGUUUCUUUUGGGCGGUCUUCAGAAGGUAGCUUGUAUCCUUCCAUAACACAGAACAGCGGAUUUAGGCACAAGAGUUACAUGGACAGGGGUACAGCUGGCAGAAGUCACUCGGUAUGUUCCCUUCGGAGGUGCCCAUCAUCAGUAUCUUCUGACCAACUAUCAGCAUCUAGUUUACAGUGUCCAUUGGCAAGGGAGAACAACAAUGGCUUUGUACCAAGGUUUGGUCGACAAACCCCAAAGAGAAUUCCUUUGUCUUCUAUUGUAUGGAACAAUACACCAGACUCUCCUGGGCAAAGAUCAACUCAUGAAAAGAUGUUUAGAACGCAGUCACUUUUGGAAUUUCAUGCUACAGACCAUGGCAGAUACCCCAGCUCUUUGCAAGAAAAUGAGAAAUAUGCCUGUUACCACUCAAAACACCACUACAGGAGAUCUAUUUCAAGCAGUAAUUGCUUCAGUAGAAUUAGUUGCCCUGACAAAGCCACUUCUCCAUUGUCCUUUGAUAACUGGGAAAAUUAUCCAUUCUACCAAUCAGAAAGUAAUCUCUCUAGAUCAUACUGUAGAGAUGUUUCUUCUCAUGGCAAGUUGUAUGCAAACCACAAAAAUUCUCCUUAUGGAAAGACAGAGAGCUAUCUUUCUUGGACUGAUAUUCCUCAGUACUACAAUGAUAAUGUGUUUAUUUCUCCUGAUACCAGAUUUGAAGUGAUGAUGCCUAAUUUGAAUGACCAGCAGCUGGCAUAUACAAGAAAUGCCAAGUUUGCUUCCCGGCACCUGCAGAAUGAUUUUCACGUGUAUUCUCCAGAAAAUAUGAAUAUUAAAACAUUAACAAGAAGUGCAAGUAGAGCUUUUUCGGAAUUCACUGAAGGCCAUCAGCCUUGGCUAAGCUGUAACUCUGUAGUUUCUUCUUCUGUUGUCAGAAAUGAUGAAUCUGUCUCACCUAAUUUGAAGGACCAAACAAAACCUAUAGGACUGAACAGGAAUUCAGUCGUUACCCAAAGAGGCACUAAGGCAGGUAUUACACAACCAGAAAAGGCUGAAUGCAGGAAACUGCCUGAUGAAGUGGACACCAAAGACAUUCCCUUACAAUCUAUGUCUCAACAAGCAGAUACAAACUACAUCAGUAUCCAGAGUUUUCCCUCAAAUAACUCUGCUUUUGCUAUGCUGCAGAGCAGUGCAUCUCUCUUCGACACACUGAGAUCAAAGAGACAAACCCAAGUCAGUGCCGGAACAGAUACUUCAAGAAUGGAUGCAUCGAACAGCAAUAAAAGAAAUGUACAAAUGAAGGAAAAUAAUUGCACACCCAGCAGUGUAUUCAGUCAGUCUCCCUGUACUUUGCCAGCUAACAAGAGCAAGAAGGAAUCUUUUCUUUCAAGCCAGAAAGAAUGGGAACAUAAUCUGCACUAUGUGAGAAGAAGAGAAAGUGUCAAACAGGAUAAUCAGAGUGCAGAAGCAGUUAACCAAGCUGCCGCAGAGGGACAGUCUGCACAGCUGAAUGCUGCUUCUGCUCCAUCCACUGAAAAGCUAGCAAACUGUCACAGCCUGUCGUCCUGGCCUCCUGACCGUUCAUCUAGUUCCUCCCAAAGUUCACCACCAGCACUUUAUCAUGGAGUUGGAAAAGCAGCUCAAGUGAGCAGAAUGGGCGUUACCAAAAAGACUUCGCAAAUAACACCACAAAAUACAAGCACUUCAGUUACUAAGAACUGUAACGAACUCUUCAAUGCUACUUCUCCACAACAGGGAAAUUCUGGAAAUACUUCUACACGUAGUUUUGAUGGAGAUCCCAGGACCCCUGAACAUAGUUUAAGUUAUUUUUGCCUUGAAAAAGAAAAUGGAAACAUGGGGAAUCAUUCACCUUGUACUGAAAGGCUUCACAAGCAAGACAACUUGCUGAGACAUACCAGUAGCUGCAGCAUCACUGGUUCCUCAAGGAGAAGCAGCCUCAAAUCCUCUGAUCCACUUGUUAUUUAUUACACUUUACCGAGAAAAUCAGCUAGCAUUGCUGGUAGUAUCAUGUCAGAUACACCCAUCUCUUUCCCUAGAGAAAACAGAAGAAGCAUGUAUGAUUGUUUAAGGUCUGAAACUCCAAGUGGAGCAUAUCCCUGUCCUAGUCAAAGAGAUGUGUCUUGUUUAGAUUCAAAACAUUCCUUCCUGAGGUCAGCACCAUUAAAUGUUGCUGCAAGUAACAAAGAGAAACAUUACCCCAGUCCUUUAACCAGAAGUCCUAAUGAUUCCACAAGCGGCAGCACAUCAGUUGAGCUGACAGACAGAUGUAAACAUCUAAGCGAAAGAGAAUCCUCUGUGUUUUCAGACUGUAAGGAAAGGGGAAACUGUUUGCAGAAAUAUAAAACUACAAGCACGUUUACAGUAUGUGUUGAUGAAGAUCACGUCAAGUACCACGAGCUAGUUUCAAUUUAUUACACGUUGCCACGGAGGCAUUCCAAAACAUUUUGUAACCUCUUUAGGGAUAAUGCAGAGGAUGCAGAUUUAUCUCUUCCUGGCGAAAAUUCUCAGUCACCAAGAAUACGAAAAGAGAAGAGUGAAGGUCACGUGAGUUUAGCAAAUGUUUUUUUUCCCAGUACUUUGGAAAAAGAGGUGCCUUCCUGUUCUUCUGACCAAGCACCUUCAGCUCUGGUCACACCUCAGAAUGUAGAAUCUGUAGUUCACCGUGAAGAAGAGAAUUCCCUCUUAUCUCCUGGCUCCGAGAAGGUAUGUACUUCCAAGUCAGUGAGCAUGGUAAAUAAUAGGAAUGACAGUUCAACAGAUCUUUCAUCAACAGAUCAUGUACUUUCUGAUGUGGCAACAAAAGACAUUUCUGUAGGUGGUCCACAGUCCAUUGCAAUAGUGGCUAACUCGGAUAAUGGCCUUUCUGAUGCCUCAAACAACCAAAAUACAGAAACAUACCCAAAAGAAAAGAAGGAAGUUUCUCAAACAGCCACAUCACUAACAUCCACUUUACCAACCCCUCCCAAACCAGGCAGAUCUUUAGGGAAUCCCAUUUAUUCUGCUUCAACAAGUAAGAAUAGCGUACAGAAGGGAAACUCUGCAAACUGCUCUCAGCCUGCUCCAGUAAGUACGAAUAAAAAUAAGAACAGUUUGCUUCUCCACACGAGAGAGAAGGGUUCUCGUGUGGGAAGGAUCCACACAGAGUGUGCUGAUGUGCCACUGCCGCCCAGGGAGGACAAAGGCAGGGGUAGUACCAAAGUGAAACAGGGAGUAAAUUUCCCACACCAAACCACCCCUCUGUAUAAUAACAAAAGCAGCAGACUGCAGCUAAGAGCUGGCAGCUCAAGAAAUAACACGAACAAUGUAAGCCCUUGUAGCAAAAUGCUUUCUGAAUCUCAGAAGAAAGCAUUUGAGAUACGCAGGGCUUCCAAUGCUGAUGCACUUCUUCAGCCAGAUGAAGUGGUUAGUGCAGAUACAGGUCAGUUAAAGAAUUCUAAAAUUAAAAAGGAGCAAAACUUGCAGAGUACUCAAAUGGAUAAAGGCUGUAGUGGUUUGCAGGCAUUAAGGAAGCACAGUGAGGGCAGCCUGGACGUUAGCAGUAAAGACAAAGAUUUGAGGGUUACACCAGACCAAAAAUUAACACAGAAUGUAGAAAAUGAGAACAAGCUUCUCUCCGAUUGCACAAGAGACAAAAUCAAAGAUAUAGAAAAAAGGAAAAACAGGCCUUCAAUUAAAAAUAAACUGGCAGCUGUUUGCAAAACAAGUCGAAAAUUUUCAAGUAAAAAUUUACCUCCCAAGCCACACAUAAGUAAUAUUUUUUCACAGAAUGAUGGAAGUGCCACUUGUUCAGAGGUGAGCAUGUCCCCUGACUCACUGAGUUCAGCAGAUUGCCGUCAGUCACUUCUGCAGUCUGAAACCGAAAAUCAGAAUGACAGUCCGCACUCUGACAAGAAUACACAAAUACCAAAACCAGCUGAGAUUAAUAAGACUGAAAAUGUGAAUGAUCCUUCUUUACUUGUUAACAUCUUAAAUUGGAGGUCUCUUAAAAGUUCAUACACCCAGAAGGACGCCACCAGUUCCAAAAAACCUACAGCGAAAGUGGAAAAUAGGCCAAGUCUUACAGCCGUAUCUCCAGAUAAAGCAUUAGCCACAAGAAAUAAGAAUUCCCAAACACCUGAUCUCAGGUUAGAAAAUACAAGCCAGCCCAUCUCACUCAGCCCUACUGCACUGGACCCAACAGAUGAUGAGAAAAGAAGAGCUAGCAGCAGUGCUUGCACUCCUCCUUUAUCCCUUUUAGCUGACAAAAACUCAAACACGUUUGUAAAUAAUUGCUUGCAGGCAGACAUAUGUCCAAAGCAGAACUUGUCCUCUCAGGCAGUGCUUACUGAGCGUCAGAAUGCCUCUGAAUCCAACAGCUUAAGAAAUGCAAACUUGCAUAGCCAACUGUUGCACAAGGCUCGUGCGAAAAGUCAGCAUGAGCGUCACUUUUCUGAAAGUAUUUGUGCUCAAGAUUCUCAUGAGACCUUUGCCUCUGGAAGCAAUAUUCUGCCAAAAGACAGUGUACAUGAGAAGAGGUGUAAAUCUUACUCAGAGGUGUUGGCCUGUGAUGAAAAUGAAAACUGGGCAUUGGACGAGGACAGGUGUUACAGUACAAGGAAUCUGAUGUAUCCUUCUGUUGAAUUUGGUAUAUUUGGCAAAGAACAACAAUUGGCUUUCCUGGAAAAUAUCAAGAGGUCACUCACAGAAGGGCGAUUGUGGAGACCUUGUCUUCUUAACAACCCCAGUGCUUUCCGAGAUGGAGAGACCCCUUCCAUAAGCAGAACGGAGCUUUUCAGCUCGAGUUCUGCUGGAAGCAAGGUGUCCUCUGCUGCUUCAUCGCCCCAGGAGCUGCCCGACAUCUAUCACGAUGACCCAGCUGCGUACUCAGACUCGGACUCUGAUACCACCACGGAUGAUGAAUAUUACCUGGAUGAUAUAGAUAAAGAAUCAGAACUGUGAUCGCCUGUGAUACACAGAUGGUGAAAUAGUUCCUGGGCAGGCAGAAACAUGUAGAAUACUUUGAGCCGAUUCUAGUGCUGCUAUAGAACAGCACCAAAAUAGGUAAAUUUGUACUCUAGCUGUAUUUUCUCAAAAGUCUUAAGAGGAAAACAACAGGUUACAUUGCUGAUAAGUGAUUUUCCAGCUCUCCUCAUUUACCCGACCAAACAUAAUAGUGCUGAUCCAUCCCACCUUGCCAGCGCCCACACAAAAUGCUCUAGAAGUGAAUAACUUCACAGCAAAUUUCACUGCUGGAAAACUGUGAAACUGCUGACACAGACGAGCAUGGAAAUGCCUUUCAGAUGUGCAUGCUGGGAGAUGCACGGCUGACACAGCUUUGGCUGCAGUUCAGAUACAUUGCCAGGCUUCUGCCUUUGACUCAUUUGGAUUAACGAUCAGGCACUUUAAACCAUGCAAAAUGUAAAAAGAUUGACCCUGUUUAUUUCCCAUACAAACCCGAUGGUUUGAAUCUGAAGCUAUUCUAGCACUGGAAGAAUAAAUGCAACGGAUGCCUUUGGGGCUGCCCUGUCUGAGCCGGGCUGUGCCCGGUGAGCCGGUGCCACUGCUGCGCAGCACGCGCCGGCCUUGUUUUCCCACCAAGUAAAUAACAAGGGUGAAGAAUGCCCUUUACCCUUUGCUCAGUGAAUACCUCUUUCUGGUAAUUUCCCAAAAUUCCCACUGCCGCCAUGGUACUUUCUGUCCUUUGAACCAAAAAGCUGCUAAUGGUUCCCUGUGGCUGUUGGUCAGCCCCACUGCUAGACGUGGUGUUACAGCUCAGAGCCGCGGUGCACCCAUGGCCUUUCCAUUCUCACUGAGCUUUGAUCCGUUUCUGUGUGAGAUCACAGCAGCUUGCUGAGCCAGCAAAUAGUAUUUUUAAAUCAUUUUACAUUUGUUACUACUUUAAUAAUUUCACACGUGGUCUAAAAUGCUGAUCCGUAUUUUUGAUACACUUUUUAAUUCGAUAAAACUUCUGUAGGACUUAAUUAUAUUUUUGUAACUGGCAGGACAAUAUCCUGAUGUUUUCAAAUAAUAUAUUAUAAACAAGCAGUGCUUGUCUCACUUAAUGCUCUACGAGAAACUAAAGGAUGAAAAUAUUAUUAAAAGUAACUGGUAUCCUUAUUUUUUAUAUGUAAGCUUCGUUGAAGAAGUGGGUCUCUAACUCAAAUGUGUACUGACAUCUAAGUAUUAUUGCUUUAUACUGGGAUAAAUUGUCUUUUAUUGUACAUAAAAGGACUAAUAUAAACUGUGUAUUUAUAGUCAGAAUUUCUCUCUAUGAUAUGUCUGUCUUGGAAGAAUGUAUACAUAUGCUGACAUAUGCAGUAUUGGAAGGCAGUAACUACUGUGUAACUGUAAUCUUGUAAAAUGCCCUAUUCUAAGGAGGAAUUAUGUUGCUUUGUAAAUGGUUCUGUGUGUUUGGGAUCCUGCAGAGUAAGACAGUGAAGCCAGCUGAGUGCCACAUGGUACGUUUCUGCAAAAUGUUAAUCUAACAACUGGGAAGACCAACCUAUGUAAGUUAAAGGAUAAUAACAUAUAUAUUUACAAGAGAAGUCAAUAGUCAUACAGUUUUACUUGACUCGGAGUGGAUGGCUUAGAACAUUUUUAUUUGUAAAUAUUUUCUACUUCUUCAAUAGAAGUUGGAUUAAGUUCUCACCUUGUUGGCAUAAAAGAUGUUUUUCCAUUUGCUUUGCUGAUCGUGUACAGGAAAUGAGGUGACUGAAUUUAAUGUAAGUAAAUAAAGAAAAGUGGCUUCUGGUAAUAAAUCAGUUGUGCAAUAAUGCAUCCUGUCAAGGAGCUGUAACUGAAUAUUGACACCGAAUGAUGGUAUUCUGUAAAGCAGUUACGUGAGAAGAGGGAGAAAAAUCCUUCGAGUAGCCAUUAGUUCCAUUCAGUUCGGCAGAACCAGAUUUUGAUACCUUCACUCUUCCAAGCUUUUUCUUUGCAAAAGUAUAUAUUCUAUACAUGCACAUAAUUUAUAGGAUUUUCAUAUCUUAAAAAAAAUUUGUUUGCAAUAAACUUUAUUCAAAUGAGUGAA